AUGCCAGAUGCUAUUUCGCAGGAUUCUAGGUCUACCGGCCUUCCAUCAAUCACCGAGGCACAAACCGAAGCGCUCGACGCACUGCAUUUCCUUGCUGAAAGAUACAUUUGCUCUCCUGAGUUCCCUUUCGGAGACUACUUGCUAGUCGUUAUAGACGCCAUUUACUACAUCUUUUAUUACAAAGCUCGGAGAAUGCUUAGGAGACACCUAGUCCACUCCCACUUCGUCGGGAUACAGUCUACGGAGAUAUUACUGAGGGCGAACAGGGGUUUCCUCUGGAGCUGGCAUAAGAAAUAA